AUGAUUCUUGAACGUCUAGUCUCGAUUGCUGAAACCUGGGGAGGAGCAGAAAAUGGGUUUGGACUUGCAGAAUGUUGUGACCCAAAGCAUUUCCCAGAGACUGCUGGAAAUGUUUAUUUUGAAUACAGACCAGACCAUGGUGGUCGGUCAUCAACUAAUCAAAAUCUUGCUAAUCCAGGCGACCAAUCGACGUCUUCAAAUACUUUGGGAACUAUUGUCCUUCAGGCUCUCCAUCGCAGAAAUCAGUCACCAUCAGAAAUAAUGGAAGAACUUUUGGCUCAACAUCCAGUACCUGUAUCUCGUCAAAUGGCUCUUUUCUCCAGAGUUCGGUUGGCAACCUACUUUUCAGACCCUACGCAGCGGCAUAAGUGUAUACGUGCUAGACUGCAAGCAUUGUCUAUUUUGUGUAAGCCCAUGUAUAUUUCACAUAAACUUCACAUAGCUUGCAUCACUAGCAGUUCUAAGUUUAUCUUUAAUGUGAAUGUUGACGACAGCAACACAGGAUAUUAAUAAUCCAACAUAAGUGGAUGAAGAUCUUGGGUAGUUCAGUAAUCCCCCAAAACUGGUUCCAUAAAAUCAUUCUCAAAAAUGAUAUUUCAAAUAACUGUGGCGAUGCCUAGGAGCUAGUAAAGCUUUUGUCAAUGUACAAAACCCCAUUUAAAUAAGCAGCGUAUGAUCGACCUCAAGCAUCUGUCUCAUUGGACUCUCGUUAAUGCAUAAUUAAGGUAUCCCAAUUAAGGUUGUUACUCGGUAGGUACCAACGGCUUAGUAAACACGAAGCUUAUGUUUACUUUCCAUACUCAUCUUUCUUCCUCAAAGCUAGGUAUUCUCAUGUUUCUGUUAUGAAUUUUCC